AUGUUGAAAAACUGCUUCGAAAACUUAGUCCGAUUUUCUCACCAGUCCGUAAGACAUUGCUGCAAAAAUAGGAAUGAAGUGCUACUAAUAAAAAAAUUUUCCUUUACGACGAACGCGAUUUGUAUGGGACCCCACCGAGGUAGCAUUUUGAGUGGAUUUUAUUUCCCCUUUUUAAAAUCUCAUUUUAACUUUAUAUUAAAGAAGCAAAUAAGCACAAAGCGCAGAAGGUACUUUAAAAUUAGAAAACAUCAGAAAAAGAAAUACAAAAAAAAAAGAAUGGGUCUGUCUACCAUUCCUUGGAUCCCAACGAAAGAAAAAGUGAGGACGUAUAAACUGCCUCGGCAAAGCAGACUUAUAAAUAAAAGAUUCAUGCGGGAUAAGAAGGGUGGCCGCAGAUAUCGUUUGAAGAAGCAGCGGUGA